AUGAACACAUUUCUCCGACUAUCGACGACCAAGAACAACAAUAAUGAUACCAAGAAAAACAAGACCAAUAACGGCAAACAAAAAAAAAACCAGAGACCAAUUGUCCCGUUUGGGAGGAAUGAUCGGAUUUUGUUAAUUGGCGAGGGCGACUUCUCCUUUGCUCGUUCAUUGGUCGUCCAGCACCGGUGUCGGAAUGUACUUGCGACAUGCUAUGAUUCCAAAGAUGACCUGUGCGGGAAGUAUCCCCAGGUAGAAGGGACUAUCCAAGAAAUCCAAAAUGUAUUCCUGAAGAAGGAUAAGAAGCGCAAGACAGACGGGGACGAGACAGGUGACCACGAUGGUCAACCAGGGCCAUCGGGUGAGAAUGAUGAAAAUGACGAGGAAGACGACAAGCAAAAAGACACAGAAAAAGCACAGGCCAAAAACAAAAACAAGACAAACCCCAAAGUCCUCUUCUCAGUCGACGUCCGAAAACUCGCCCACCCCUCUGCUGGAGGAGGAAAAGAUGUCCGGAUAGGUUUCCCACGACCACAUCAACACAAACGCCCUGCGUGGCUGGAGGCUCGUCAUGCUGCCAAUAACGCUAAUAAAAAGAAUAACUCUGGCGGGCAAGGGAAAGGUGAAGGGGGUCCGUGGGAUAUCAUCUGUUUCAACUUCCCACAUGUGGGUGGGUUGUCGACGGAUGUGAACCGGCAGGUGCGGUUUAAUCAGGAAUUGCUUGUUGCGUUUUUCAAGGCUUGUGUGCCACUUCUGUCGCGGCCGGUUGAUGGCCAUGGUGUGGUUGAUGAUGAGUUUGAAGAUGAGGAUGAUUGGGGGGAGUCGAGUGAUGACUCUGAUGAGGACGGUGAUGGAAGAGAAAAGAGCAAAGCCCGGGCAGAACCAGGACAAAUAUUGGUUACUCUAUUCGAAGGAGAGCCGUAUACUCUAUGGAACAUCAAAGAUCUUGCUCGACAUGCCGGGCUAAAGGUGGUCACCAGCUUCAGAUUCCCCUGGGCUUCCUACCAGGGUUACUCGCAUGCGCGGACUCUAGGACACAUUGAAGGGAAACAUGGUGGACGAGGUGGAUGGAAAGGCGAGGAUAGAGAUGCCAGGAUGUAUGUCUUUGAGCUUGGAGAUGACCACGCAACGGCUCAGUUCAAGGCAGAUGCCAGUGCAAAGAAGAAGAGGUCAAGGAACGAAUCGGACAGCGAUGAUAGUGAUUAG